GGCCGACGCGUCUUACCUGGUGAACAGGUAUGUAUCUUGACUACGCCCCAUCACCUUCAUUGUGCUAGGGUGAGGGGUGCCCAACAUGCCAUCUUCGAGGACCGCGCUGCGGCGUAUGCAGCGUUGGAAUAGCACUAGACAAAUGAAGAGCGCUCAAGCACUCUCUGUUCGAUUCUACCAUGACCAUUCCUACGGCUAUAGGGAGCCUCGGAAGUUCACUUUACCUGACUACAGCCCGUCUCAACUCGAGAAUCGUACUGUCAAUGCACCUCUAUUGCGUUAUGUUGACUCGUUACGCACCCAUGGCCACCGUGCAGCUCGCAUAGAUCCUCUCGAUCUCCUCCAGCGAGAGGAAAUUGCUGCGCUAGACCCGACGCGAUACGGGCUGGUUGAUCAAGGCAGAAAAUAUAAUAUCAACGGUAUCGUUUGGACUCAACCUGUCGGUGUGGAUACUGAAACGCCUGUGGAAUGGACCUUGGAGAAUAUUACACGUCACUUGAGGACCGUCUAUGUCGGUCGUAUUGCUUACGAGUAUAUGCACUCGCCUUCAAAGACUGAGCGACUCUGGUUCUCUCACCUUCUGGAGUCCGAGAUUGCAUCUUCAGAAGCUACGGACAGAAAUCACAAGGCGAAGGAGAGGAUACAUGGGCUCCUAGCUCGAAGUGAGACUUUUGACCAAUUCCUUCAGCUCAAGUUCCCGAAUUUGAAGCGCUACGGGCUCGAGGGUGGGGAAUCUAUGCUGCCUGCUUUGGAUGCCCUCUUUUGUAUCUCGGCUCGGGCUGGUGUGGAACAUAUCAUUAUAGGAAUGCCUCAUCGAGGAAGAUUAAACUUACUCACCGGACUUCUUGAAUACCCACCUCGCGCGCUAUUCCAUAAGAUCAAGGGCAACUACGAGAUUCCGGAACAGCUUGGUGCAUCUGGAGACGUUAUCAGUCAUCUCGUUUCGUCGCCUAGCCUGACCUAUGAAGGAGCGAAGCAACCUGUCAAAGUGUCGCUCCUUCCGAAUCCAUCACAUCUGGAAGCCAUAAGCCCAGUUGCGCUUGGAAAGACUCGCGCGAAACAAUUCUCUUUGCUCAAGACAGUAUCGGAUCCUAAUGACUGCUUCCCCGGAGACAAGGUUAUGUGCGUUCAACUACAUGGUGAUGCGAGCUUCACAGGUCAAGGUGUCGUCAUGGAGGGUUUGGGCCUCAGUAACUUGCCACAUUAUACGGUAGGUGGGAGCGUACAUAUCGUGGUCAACAUCGGUUAUACCACUCCGGCUUCGGGUGCUCGCUCGUCUUUGUACUGCUCGGAUAUUGGCAAGAUGAUCAAUGCACCUGUUCUUCACGUAAAUGGUGAUUACCCUGAAGAUGUCGCAAGGGCCGUCGAAGUUGCAUUCAAAUACCGGAACUACUUCCGCAAGGACGUGAUUAUCGACUUGAUCGUCUACCGUCGCUGGGGACAUAAUGAACUCGAUGAACCGGCGUUCACUCAACCUCUGAUGUACGAGAAGAUUCGGUCACGUCGUUCUGUUCCUUCCCUCUAUGAAGAACAAUUGAUCAACGAGAACAUCAUCACGGCAGAGUCUGCUACCUCCCUCCGCUCAUCCUACAAGGCUUUCCUCAACGAUGAACUCUCCGAGGCGGAUUCAUACGUCCCAAAGGCGUCGAUGCUGGAGAAGCAAUGGAACGGUAUCGUCUGGCCUGCAACCCCCGAGGCUGUGAGAAACCCAGAUACCGGUGUUGAUAUCCAAACGUUGAAGGAUAUUGGCAAAGCCAGUAUUUACUUCCCUGAAAGCUUUGAAAUUCAUUCUCGCUUGACAAGACAUGUGAAUAACCGACUCAAGGCUGUGGAAUCAGGACGAAACAUUGACUGGGCAACUGCAGAAGCCUUGGCAUUUGGCUCUUUGAUGCUGGAAGGUCAUGACGUACGGAUAUCCGGUCAAGACGUAGGCAGGGGCACGUUCAGCCAAAGACACGCAAUGCUUGUUGACCAACGCACUGAGAAGGUUAUUGUUCCAUUGAAUUCCGCCUUAGAGUCUGAAGGAAAACUCGAAUUGGCUAACAGCUCGCUAAGUGAAAUGGGCAUUCUUGGUUUCGAGUAUGGCGUUAGCUGGGAGAAACCCAACAUCUUACCUAUAUGGGAGGCGCAGUUUGGCGACUUCUUCAAUGGGGCCCAGGUUAUCAUCGAUACAUUCAUAUCCUCCGCAGAAACUAAAUGGUUAAAGCAAAGUGGAAUUGUUAUGCUGUUGCCACAUGGACUUGACGGCGCAGGCCCUGAACAUUCCUCUUCGCAUUUUGAACGUUUCCUUCAGCUUUCCAACGAUGGCUUUGAGUUCACUAAACAUAGCCGUGAUGUCAACGUACAUAUCGUUUUCCCGACGACCCCCGCUCAGUACUUCCAUCUACUCAGAAGACAAAUGAAACGUAACUUCCGAAAACCGCUCAUUGUCGCAGGACCAAAGGGAUUGCUUAGGCUUCCCGCGGCGAGCUCGUUAUUGGAGGAUAUGACCCCGGGCACGCAAUUCCAGUCAGUGUUGGACGAUACCAGUGUGGCACCCGAAGGUGUAAAGCGUGUCGUCCUACUAACAGGCAAGCUGUAUUAUGAUCUUAUAAAGGAACGGGCGGACCGGCAGAACGUUGGAAGCUCCAUUGCUUUCAUUCGUAUCGAGGAGCUUAGUCCAUUCCCCUUUGCUACUCUGGCAAAGAUUCUGUCAAAGUACGCCAAUGCCUCAGAAGUCGUCUGGGCACAAGAGGAGCCACGCAAUCAGGGAGCUUUCCCUCAUGUUCAGGAGCGAAUUAAUGCCGUCUUGGGUCACUUGGAGUUCCGCGGUAGAGUGGGGUACAGAGGUCGCAAGGAGGACUCCGUCCCUGCUCCGGGUGUAGUCAAGCUAUAUGCAGAACAGCAGAAGAAGGUGAUCGCAGCUGUGUUUGAAGAUGUGUACUAAGGAUUAUACAGGGUGUAAUAGCUGGCUGUGCACAGAAUAGGGUCUAAGGUAAUCUUGGAAUGCGAGCACUGUGCAAAUCCUACGGAUACAGUUCAAUGUAAUGGAAUGAGUAUCAACCCAGUUCAGAUGCAGAUUACGGUCAGUUGCGGUUUGUAUCUGGAACAGAACCAGUAGUUGUGGAGGGGAAAGGUGGUAUCAUGAUCACUGAACUGAACAUUGCGGAGGAUUGUGAGGCGGAGGUAGGAGUGAAGGUAUUUGAGAUGGGUGGUACGCUGCCAGGCAAUGGAUCUGGUGCUUUAAACGACAUGAAGUCAUAGAGUGGAUGCCUUUUGAGAUUCACGUUAUCUGUAGAAUAUUUCAGACACAGCUGGACACUGUCAAAGAAGCAAAUUUACCGAUCUC